CUUUAUUUUGAUGUAUUCUCCGGUCCUACCCAUUACAACCAUAACAACUCCAUUUUGAAAUUCAAAUCUCAUCUUUUACCUCCUACUGUCUGAUACCAUAUCACCUAAUUUCCGACACAAACUCGCCGGAAAAUCAAGAAACCCGGAUCCAGUCUCAGAAAUGGAACCAAAACAACAAACCCAACAACAAAAACUUGAAAUCCCAUCUUCACCAUUACCACAUUCAUCAUCUUCUUUCUUACUCCGUGACAUUUCGAAUUUAAAAACUCCCAAACCACGACGCCAAUCUCAAGCAAACCCUAGUUUGAACUUCGAAUCUCCUUGUCCUCAGUUCUUUACUGCUUCUAAACAAACACCCAAUUCAUCACAUUCUACCGUUCGACGCCGCCCUAGGUAUUCACUUGCUGCUCAAAAACUCAAAGCGGUGGAACUAGAGCAAUCAAAGUCAUCAAGGAAAACACAAACAGACAAAGAGAAAUCGCUCAAGUCGUUGGCCAAAUCUCUUACUGUUUGGCUAAAUUUCCUGUUCGAAAAUCCCAGGUCUUGUGGGGUCGAUGUAUCAAGAUUCACCGGUGAAGACUCUUCUGAUGAGUCAUCCAUGGUGUUUUCCGGUGGAAAAAGAGACAGCGUCUGUCAUGACGGAAUCGGGGUUGAUCGAGAGUGGCGUGGACCCAAGCGUAGGAAAGAUACGCUGUGGAUUCAUAAGGGUGAAGUGGAAAACAACUUUUCAAGUUCCAUACAUACACGCUUGCAGGUUUCCCUUGAGGAUGUUUGUAGUUUGGAUGACAUGAAAGAGAGAAUGUCAUUUUACUUGAGUCUCACUAGUUGCAAGGAGAUUUUUGAUGUCAUGACUCAUGUAACAAAGAAUAUUGAUGAAGGAAGGCUAAAGAUGAAGGCUCACUGCCCAAUAGUUACUGAUGUUGGAAUGAAAGAGAAUGCAUUGAAGAUCUUAAUGUGUUAUAACCCUGUUUGGUUAAGAAUAGGGCUUUACAUCAUAUUUGGUGGCGAAUCUUUGUUGCCAAAUCCAAACACAGAAAUGAAUUAUGAUCAAGAAAUAUCUUUUCUUAAAAUGGUUGCUGAAAAGUUGUUCUUUUCUCAUUCUGGACUUGCAAAAGCCUACAUCUAUAACAAACUGGUUGAAGGUUUGUAUAGACCAGGUUAUUAUGAGAAACUAGGGAGUGUUAUAUUGAAGAAGUUUUUAUUGCUUGUAAUCAUACUUGAUCGAGCUAAAUCUCAGAGUAGCUUGCCGAUUAGUUAUGGAAUAGAUGGAGUUGAUGGAGGGUCACCAUUGUUGUUCACAUCACGAGCUACUAUCAAAUCAAGCAGUGAAGUGAUUUCAGAGUUUUUAUCACCAGAUGUUAUGCAUGGAGUUGGUAAUCUUCUUACACACCUCAUGAUUAUAGGCUACAAGGUUUCUUAUCGACAGAAUCCUCUUGUCAGAUAUGUGUUUAAGGUGACUAAUCUUUUUAAUGAUCUUCAAAAUGGAGUUCUUCUUUGUAGAGUCAUUCAGCUCUUGCAACAUGACCCUUCAAUUCUUAAGAAAGUGGUUGUUCCAUCAGAUGAUCGAAAGAAGAACUUUGCAAAUUGUGAGAUUUCUCUAAAAUAUCUGAAAAAUAUUGGAGUUCCAUUAUGUGAUGAAGAUGGAGUUGAGAUUAUAACAGAAGAUAUUGUUAAUGGGGAUAAGGAGCUCAUAAUCUCAUUGCUAUGGAACAUCUUUGUUCAUUUACAGUUGCCACUUUUGAUCAACAACAAGCUUGUAUCAGGUGAAAUCACCAAAAUCCGUGGACUUGAAGAGAUGCUUCCGGAAAGCUCUAGUUCUUUGCAGAUGCUUCUUGAGUGGAUUAAGGCAGUUUGUGAAAAUUAUGAUUUGAAAGUUGAUAAUUUUGCUUCAUUAGUUGAUGGUAAAGCAAUGUGGUGUUUAGUGGAUUAUUAUUUCCGAAAAGAACAUUGUAAUGCUAGUUCUAACAAGAAUCAAAAGGAAACAAAUGAAGUGUCACUCAUGUCAGCUUCGGAUUAUGUGGAUGCAGUUCACAACUUUUUGUUAUCACAAAAGUUGACAACACUUUUGGGAAAUUUCCCAGAGAUUCUGCAAGUCAGUGAUAUACUUGAAUACAAAGGAGCUUGUAGUGACAGGGGUGUGAUCAUCCUGUUGGUUUUCCUCUCAUCCCAACUAAUUGUGAAGAGAAAUUUGCAACAGAUAAACUUUCAUAAGCUCUUAGGACACAAUCAAAAUUCAGAGAGGAAAUGUAUUAGGCGAGAUAGACUUCUUGGAAAUCAUGAAGAAACAAGUCAGAACCACAAUGAAGACAAUGGGAGAAAGUUCAAGGCUAUCAUGUCUUGGUGGAAAGAAAUGGCUCAGCAUAACAGUAAUGUCAAUGUGAAGCCAGUUUACACCAAAUUUAUUCAAGAAAGAGCUUUGAUUGUAAGCCAACAAAAUAAUACCAAAUGUAAUCAAGAAAAGGCUGCAUUAAGAAUUCAGGUUGCUUGGAGAAAGCAUGUAAACAGCUCUAUCCAUAAUCAAAGGCAAUCAGCUGCAACUAUGAUUCAGACUUGUUAUCAUAGUUGGAUGUUAAGAAAGAGUUUCUUGAGUUACAUGCAAGCUGCAACUAAGAUUCAAGCUUGUUAUCGUUGUUGGAUGUUAAAGAAGAGUUUCUUGAGUCACAAGCAAGCUGCAACCAAAAUUCAAGCUUGUUAUCGUUGUUGGAUGCUAAAGAAGAGUUUCUUGAAUCACAAACAAGCUGCAAUCAACAUUCAAAGUCAUUAUCGUGGAUUUAUAUCAAGAAAGAGUUUCUUGAAUCAGAAGCUAGCUGCAACAAAAAUUCAAGCUUUUUAUCGUUGUUGGAUGUUAAAGAAGAAAUUCUUGAAUCACAAGCAAGCUGCUAAGCAAAUUCAAGCUUUUUAUCGUUGUUGGAUGUUAAAGAAGAGUUUCUUGAAUCACAAACAAGCUGCAAUGAACAUUCAAAGUCAUUAUCGCGGAUUUAUAUCAAGAAAGAGUUUCUUGAAUCACAAGCAAGCUGCAACAAGAAUUCAAAGUCAUUAUCAUGGAUUUAUAUCAAGAAAGAGUUUCUUGAAUCGCAAGCAAGCUGCAACAAGAAUUCAAAGUCAUUAUCGUGGAUUUAUAUCAAGAAAGAGUUUCUUGAAUCAAAAGCAAGCUGCAAUGAAAAUUCAAAGUCAUUAUCGUGGAUUUAUAUCAAGAAAGAGUUUCUUGAAUCACAAGCAAGCUGCAACAAGAAUUCAAAGUCAUUAUCGUGGAAUUAUAUCAAGAAAGAGUUUCUUGAAUCAGAAGCAAGCAAUAACAAAGAUUCAAAGUCAUUAUCAUGGAAUGUUAUUGAGAAAGAGUUUCUUGAAUCACAAGCAGGCUACAAUAAAAAUACAAAGUUAUUAUCGUGGAUUGCAGUUGAGGAAGAGUUUCUUGAAUCAGAAGGAAGCAACAAUAAAAAUUCAAAGGCAUUAUCAUGGAAUGCUAUUGAGGAAGAGUUUCUUGAAUCAGAAGCAAGCAGCAACAAGAAUUCAAAGUCAUUAUCGUGGAUGGGUGUCAAGAAACAGUUUCUUGAAAACGAAACAAGCAGUUAUUAAAGUACAAAGGGCAUAUCGGUCUUUAAAAUGUUUGAGGGAAUUUAAGAACUAUGAACUUGAAAUGGAGUCAGCAGUCAUUAUUCAGUCAUGUACACGACGAUGGAUUGCUCGUAGAAUAGCAUGUAGACAUAGAUCCUACAUUAUGCUUAUCCAACGCUUUUUCCGUGGUUGGUUGAUGAGAAGAGAGUUUUUGUUACAAAAAUCAGCUGCAAAGAGGAUUCAAAGUGCUUUUCGAUGUUUUAAAAGUUUCAAGGCUUUCAAGCGUGAUAAGAAUGCUGCUAUUGUAAUCCAACAAUUUGUGAGGGAAUGCAUUACCAUAAAGAGGCUCUUAGGUUGUAAUAAUGACACCAAUAGCCAUCAACAACUUAAGAGGUAUAAAGAUUCUGCUACAAAGUUGCAGAAAUGGUGGCGGGGUAUAUUACUAUCCAAAACAAGAACAAAAACAAAAUCAGCAAUUCUUAUCCAAUCUAAUGUUAGAGGAUGGAUUUCUAGAAGAACAACAGCUCAAAGAAGGCAUCGUAUUGCAGUCAUCCAAUCAUAUUGGAAAGGGUAUAUUGAGAGAAAACAUUCAAGAGAAAAGGUGUCGGAUAUACGAUUAAGAGUACAAAAAUCAGCUGCAAAUGUGGAUGAUGGAAUGCGGAUUAUAAACAGGCUUAUUGCAGCCCUUUCACAGCUUAAAAACACCAACAGUCUCAGUGGCAUCCUUCAUAUCUGUGCAACUCUUGAUAUGGCAACAAAACACUCUAAAAAAUGCUGUGAGGAGCUUGUGGCUGCAGGGGCCAUUGACACACUCCUUGGGCUUAUUCGUUCCAUUAGUCGUAGCAUUGCUGAGCAAGAGGUUUUAAGAUACACACUUUCCACUUUUAGAAACCUGACAUGUCAUCCUCAUUUGACUCAAGCCCUCAUUGAUGCUCGUGGAUCAAUUGAAACAAUUUUUUGGGAAUUUAUACGGAACAAAGAAGAUGCGUACUUUGUUGCGGGAGAUGUUUUAAGGAAUAUAUGUUUGAAUAAGAAUGGGGUUGAAAGAUUAGGUGCUUCACAUGCUUUAGUUAAGAGAUUGUAUAAUCUUGUUGAAGAUCUUAAAAGGAAAGCAGGAAACGAAAAGAGGAACCCUCAAAGCCUACCAGCAAAGGAACAAACGGGGAGAAGAUUGAAAGAAGCUGUUCAGAUCUUAAAAUUGAUAACCAAUGGUUGAGAUCGAUUCCAACUUUGAAACAUUGUGGUUUUUCUUUUUUUACUUUUAUUUUUGAAUGUCUUGUUUUCUUGCAAGAAAUCUAGAUUAGUGUAUAUAUCAACUCAAAAUUUGUGUUGAGUAAAUGAAUGAAGCUUUUAGG